GGGGUGUCCUUGUUGGAUUCCGGGACAGGAACACGACUUCCUCUGCUGCAGCGACACUGAAAAUACUCACACAUACACACACUCUCAGUGCACCAUGGAGAGAUCCGCUGUGGUGUCGGGCCGCAGGAGUCCCCCAGUACCAGAUUACAACAUCUCGACCUCCACCUUGGCCUUCGACCAGCAUUUCACCACGACCGCUGAGGGAGUUCUCCUCCAGGCUGAAAUAGUGUUUGGUAUGUUAGUGUGGAUUCUCAUUGGGGGUACAGAGUAUUAUCAUCUCUCUGCUCUUUGCUGGGUGAUGUUUGUCGCCAUCUCGUGCUGGGUUCUGACAGUUUGCCUGUUUUUAAUUUACCUCACUGGAGCUCACAGGAGAAUACCACGGGUCCCCUGGACGACACUGUCGCUGUGUUUCAACUGCAGCGCAGCAGCUCUCUAUCUCGCGACAGCAGUAGCAGAUGCUCUGACUGUCAACCAGGCCACUAGGGGGCGACACAACUACAACUGCUGGGUCGCAUCUGCAUUCUUUGCCUCUCUGACCACACUGUGCUAUGCAGGAAGCAGUUACCUGAGUUUCCACGCCUGGAAAACCACAGAGGAGGAGCACUAGUUUAAUUAUGUUACCAUCAACCAAGGAGGUGCAUUACUGAGGAAUGAACAUGAGGGGAAUAUCAGAUGACAGGAGAUCAAGCUUCAAACAAGAUGCUUCAGUUCAAUCAAAACUUGAGAGGAGACUGUAAAUGAUCACGAUGGAAUGCAGAGUAUUUGACAGGUAAUUCAGAUAAGUUUAUUGAAGACAUAAGUCAAUUUAAAGAUGAAACAAAAAGCUGCUUUCAAAAUGUAUGUGGUUGUUUGUGCUUAGUGGUGUCACACUGAAGUCAUCUACACUCAUCAGUGCUAUUGUGUGGAACAAAAGAAUAAGACCUUUAAAACAAAUUAAAUAUUGUGUAUGUGUGCUGGACAAACAGAGUCAGUUUUUCUUAAGUGCUAGAUCUGGCAAAGUUAAAAUGUGUUGUGGGAUUUCCGUUCAGUAUUUUUUGUACCAUCCUGCUAACAGACAAACAAAAACUUCCUUGGCAGAGAUAACCAUAACUGACCAAACAAACAAAUGGUGGCCUCAUGAACAGAUUCACCCCCAUUCAGAAUCAGCCACACAAAUGGUUAAGUAGCAGAUAGAACGUUUCGUUUCGAGUAGUUUAUGUUUUAGAUCAUUUAAUCUACUUUCUAGUGUUGAGCAAAUGAAGAGAAGUUGAAAACAUUCUGAGGAAAAGCUGCAACGCAGACAGAGGUCAGGCCGUGAAUAUGUAGCUUCAAACCGUCCAUGUUUAAUUGGCUGGUUUGAAAAAAUAAAUGAAAAUUUUCUCAAGACAAGAAACCAUCAAAUGAGUAAAUGAUGAUUGAAAGAAUGUUUGGCUCCCUAUUUGUUGUUAAUGUUAGCUUUAGCAUUUAUAAGUCACUGUGCCACUCUGACAGCGGCUGGUAUUUCUUAUUGCAUCUGCCACACUCCGACACACACUGGCAACGUUGAAACUGGGAUUUUUUCUUGUGUGUUCCUCAGUGCAUGGGUUGACAUUGUGAAUCAAUUAACACACCUUAAACAUCAAUAUCUGAUGGAUUUUGACCAAGCAAUUACUUUGUAUUGGCUCUCUUUUGUGACAUACUCAGAUAAUUGUAUAAGAGCCUAAAAAUAUGUAUCAACUAGCUUAUAAGAACUGUGAAUAAUUCAGUCUCCUCCCUCCGAAGAAAAAAACGUGCAACAUAGGUUUACUUUUUGGGAGGGAGAGUGGUGAUUGGUAAGGCGUAUGGAUAGGGAAAAUUACUACACCUUUUAACAGUGUUUGCUUGCACACAAAUUUAAUAAGAUUCAAAUUGUACAUUUCUCCAACCAUGAAAAAUGUGCAUGAAUGAAAACCAUAGUCUUUUCAAUAAUCCCCCUCUAUCAUAACAGCUGAAUCUUCUCCAAAUAUAUAUGAUUUUGAUUAAAAGUGAGAUACAUUUCUGGUUUGUU